GCGCGGGCGGGGGCGGCGACCGUUUCGCGACAAGGCCGCGGCAAAGAUGAUGAUGCAGCGGGGCGCGGCGGCCGCCGGGACGACCUCUGUCUCCGGAGCCUCCUCUUGGACUCGGGCCGCCACGCGCGGCCUCGCCUCGCGCCACGUCGGCGUCGCCUCCUCGUCCUCCUCCUUCUUCGGGCCCCGCGGCGCCACCGCCGCGGCCCAGCGGUUGCCGCUCCUCCGCGUCCGCGGCGGCGACGGCCGGCUCAGGCCUCUGUCGCUGCUGUCCGAUAGCGGUGGCAAGAAUGGGGAGGUCGCCAAGGCGGUGGCUGCGGCGGCGGCGGCAUCGGUGCCGGCGGACGAUGCUAGUGCCGCCGCGGUGACGGGAGACCGCGGCGGCAUUGCGGCCACCGCGCAGCUGGGCGCCAUGAUCGUCGCGUGGUACCUGCUCAACAUCUACUUCAACAUCUACAACAAGCAGGUGCUCGGCGCGCUGCCGUUGCCGUUGCCGUACACCAUCACCGCCUUCCAGCUCGCGUUCGGCUCCCUGCUCAUCUUCCUCAUGUGGGCCACCAGGCUCCACCCGGUGCCCAGGCUCUCCGCUGCGCAGCUGGGCAAGAUCGCGCCGCUGGCCGUGGGGCACAUGCUGGGCACGGUGUUCACCAACAUGAGCCUGGGCAAGGUCGCCGUCUCCUUCACGCACACCAUCAAGGCCUCCGAGCCUUUCUUCACCGUCGUCCUCUCCGCCCUCUUCCUCGGCGAGGUCCCUUCCCUGCCGGUGCUGGGCUCGCUCGUGCCGAUCGUUGGCGGCGUCGCCUUGGCUUCAUUCACCGAAGUUUCUUUCAACUGGACCGGGUUUUGGAGCGCCAUGGCGUCCAAUCUGACCAACCAAUCGAGGAACGUCCUCAGCAAGAAACUCCUUGCCGGUGACAAGGAUGUUAUGGAUGACAUAAAUCUCUUCUCGGUGAUCACUGUACUGUCGUUUCUGCUGUCUUGCCCUCUGAUGUUCUUCGCCGAAGGCAUCAAGUUCACCCCAGGAUACCUCCAGAGCACGGGCCUGAACCUCCAAGAGCUCUGCGUGAGAGCAGCACUCGCAGGUCUGUGCUUCCAUGGCUAUCAGAAGCUCUCGUACUUGAUCUUGUCGCGAGUGUCACCGGUGACACACUCCGUCGCCAACUGCGUAAAGCGUGUGGUUGUGAUCGUCUCCUCCGUUCUGUUCUUCAGCACCCCUAUUUCGCCUGUCAAUGCACUAGGAACUGGUGCUGCAUUAGCAGGUGUUUUCCUUUACUCUAGGUUGACGAGAACCAAGAAGCCAAAGGAUGCAUAAGCAGGGAUGAAAAAGAUUACAGUAGUUCAUGAGAAAUUACAGGUUUUUGAGGUAUAGAGAUUUGAUCAAGAUUAGAAUCUCAAUGACGAUACGAACAAGCAUUGUUUCUACCCAGUUGUACACUUGUACCACAGGGAACAGGCAACAGCUAUUUGCAGAGUUACAAGAACCAUGAACGAAUAUAUUCUCAAGUUUCACGAGACAUGGACGUGGUGUUCUCUAGCCAUAUUAUAUGAUUAUUAGGAUUAGUCCAAACCACGGCAAACAGCUGUCUACGUCAUUGUGUGGCAGUCCACGCGACACAAAUCAGCAAGACGCUGACGCAUGGGCAGAAGCAGUAUGAUACAUAUACAAGUGCAACUUGUUGAGAUUCCGAGGUCCAAACCGAGCAGCCUCUGUAGCGGCUACAAAACUCGCAUGAGCAGAGUCACAUACGUGUAGGAUGAUCCUUCAACACAUGUAAUAACGUGCGCUCAAUUCAAUAUAAAACCAUGCGGGCAGCAUUUACAAACA